GUUCCUUUUCGGCCUUUCCCUUUCCCCAAUCGUCCUCUUUUAUUCCAGUUUCUGUUUAGGGCUUGUCGCCUCUUAUUCCUAUUUCAUCUCCUCCUUUUAAAUGUUUAAGAUUAAGAUUAAGAAUACUAUUCGUUCAUUCAUUAGCAUAGUAAUACUAUUAUACUAAUACUUGGAUCCCAAUUUAUUUAGGACUACUUCUUCCUUCUCUAUGCCGCGCCAUCUAUUCAUAUUCUGCAGUUGGAGUAUUUUAAUUGCCUUUUAUGUGUUCCUGAGUCCUUUGGGUUUGGGCAUUGAUCUUUUCCUCCCUCAUUUCUUCUGUAGUGUGGUUUAUAAGAUAUAAUAAUAAUAAUAAUGGGAAAAAGGUUAAAAAAGAAGGCGGCUCGUAAAGAGAAGGACAAAGAGAAGCGUGGUUUUGCCCUUUCUCCAAAACCCAUUCAUGAAGAAGAUAGUCAGAGCUCUGUAGUUGCCGAUGAUGCGAACGUCGUGCAGAAGGACCGGAGAGUUUGUGUCCAUCUUGAGAAUGCUGUUGAUCUCGAGUGCGUCUUAUCCAAUAUUGAAUCUGCCGACUCUACUUGCUGUGAGUAUUGCAGAGAGAGCGUCAAAGACCGGAAGCCUGGUAAAGGGAAGAAUAAAUUGGGUAAGAAGAAGGGCGCUUCAGAAUCUAAAGCCACGUGGGUUUGUUUACAAUGUGGAAAAUUUUUGUGUGGAGGUGUUGGCUUUCCAAAUAGCCCUCAAAGUCAUGCGCUUAGACAUGUGAGACAGAGUCGCCAUCCUCUGGUGAUUCAAGUAGAAAAUCCUCAUUUAAGAUGGUGUUUUUCUUGCAGCACACUUCUUGCUGUGGAGAAAGCCGAGGAUUCAGCUGAGCAGGAAGACGGUUUGUUGGAUAUUGUCAAAUUAUUGAAAAAGAAAUUUCCAAAAACGCCUUCAGUUGAUGUGGAAGAUAUCUGGUUUGGAAGUGGAAAUGUUGUCAGUGAUGUAAAAUCGGAAAACAAAGUAGUCAGUGUGGCGAAUGGUAAAGAUUUCAAUUUGAUUAGAGGGUUGGUGAAUCUCGGGAACACCUGUUUUUUUAAUUCUGUCAUGCAGAAUCUUCUGGCAAUGAAUAUAUUACGGGAAUAUUUACUGAAAUUUGAGGGGUCCAUGGGUCCGUUGACGAAUGCUUUAAAGAAAAUUUUUGUUGAAAUUAGCCUUGAGUACGGUGUUAAAAACGUUAUAAACCCCAAAUCACUAUUUGGAUCUGUUUGCGCAAAAGCUCCUCAGUUUAGGGGAGGUGACCAACAAGAUAGUCAUGAAUUGCUGCGUUAUUUGCUUGAUGGGAUGUCCUCUGAAGAGUUGUAUGCAAACAAAUCAAAAAGUUCUUUCCCUGAACAAGAAAAAUCUCCUUUUGCAAGUGCAACAUUUGUGGAUGCCAUAUUUGGGGGACAAACAUCAAGCACUGUCUGCUGUGUUGAAUGUGGGCAUUCUUCAGUGGUGUAUGAGCCUUUCCUGGACCUGUCCCUUCCUGUGCCAACAAAGAAACCUCUCUCAAAGAAGGUUCAACCAGUGGCUCGCACGAAGAAAAAGCUGCCUCCCAAAAGAGGGGGUAAAGCUCGCCCUAAACCGAGUAAAAAUGGAGAUGUGGGGAUUGCUCCUAGUUGCUGCAACACUUCAAGCAGCACUUGUUCUUCCUCGGGUUUGAAGGGUAAUUCUCUAGGCUGUGCUUCAUCAGCAGACCUUGUUGAACCCAGUAGUGUGGUACAUGGAAAUUCAAAGGUGACUCAGGGUAGUGACUCCAAUGAUGCUGACUAUGUUGGUGCUCAAGUGCCACAUCGUGUUUCUCAGGAUGCUGAUGAUAUGUCAUGGUUGGAUUUUAUAGAACCAGUGCCUCAAGGAGAUGAUCGCCAAAAAACUGAUAGCUUGUGUUGGUUGGAUUUUGUUGGACCUGGAUUGUUGUCACAUGAUCCCAGUUUGGCUGUUGAGUGUGAGAAUUUUUCUGUUACUCAAGAUCUUAGAAGCGAGGGUGGCAAUUACGACACUGUUUCUUUGCAAGAUACAACUAUGUCAAGUAUUGAAGCUAAUUUGUCACAAGAUUCUGAAACAAAUGGUGACAAUUUCGAAGAUGUUUUUGAGCCUGCCAAGUCGAGUGGUGAAGUUAGUGUGCACCUUAGGGCUGUGAAUCAUAAUUUGGAAUCCACAGUUAAUGCCUGCUCUUUAGAGCAUCCAUUGCAGGUGCAGAGCAAUGCAAUACUGUUGCUUACCUACAAGGAAGAUGGUACAACUGAAGGGGAAGGGUUGAAGAUAGAUAAGGAAAUCUCUUCAUCAGUUGUAGGUUAUGGAGAAGAUACUUUGGGUUUUGAUGGCCUUGGUGAUUUGUUCAAUGAGCCUGAGGUUGUCGAGACAGGUGUGAAAAAUAUCCAGGUAGGUGAACAUUUGGGGAAUGGCUUUCUAGUGGGGAACAAUACCGAGUCUGAUCCAGAUGAGGUUGAUGAUACAACUUCAUCAGUAUCUGUGGAGAGUUGUUUAGCACAUUUCAUAAAGCCUGAGCUUCUGUGUGGUGAGCAUGCUUGGCAUUGCGAAAAUUGUUCAAAACUUUUUAAUGAGCGAAGGGGGAGAAUGGAGAAAAACCGGUCAGAAACCUUGACAGACAUAUCCAAUGACAAAUGUUGGAGCUCUGAAGUUUUGCCAGCAAGUGAUGAUCCUAUAGAUUCCUCAAAUGUCUUUUUGGUUAAUCAUAACGAUGUUAACAUUGAGAUGGAUGAGAAACUGAUGAAUUUUGAUGCUAGGCCAAUAAAUGGCAAUGGUCUAAAUUUGCCACAAGGGAAAGAAAAAAUAUGUGUGCCAGAAUGUGCAGAUUUUAGUCCAGCUGUUUCCGUUGGUAAAUCUGUUGAUUUCCAUUGUAAUAAUCAUUUGCCUGAUGAAGGGCCUUCUGGACUUGGUGAGAAACAUGAAUCAAGAGAAGUUGAGGGAGUGGAAGUUGAUUUGAAGUGUGUUAAGGUAAUGAGAGACGCUACUAAACGAAUACUUAUCAGCAAGAGUCCUUCAAUUUUGACUAUUCACUUAAAACGAUUUCGACAAGAUGCUGUUGGCCGUCUAAAUAAACUGAAUGGCCAUGUUGUCUUUAAGGAAUUUCUUGACGUUGGACCUUUUAUGGAUUACAGGUCCACAGAGAGAGACAAUUGCAUUUAUCGUUUGAUUGGAGUGGUGGUGCAUUCCGGAACAAUGAGAAAUGGGCAUUAUGUGGCGUAUGUACGAGGAAAUGAUAGGCAAAGAGGAAGAUCAGAAGAAGAAAAUGGAGAGGGUCAUUCUGUAUGGUAUUAUGCGAGUGAUGCAUGUGUUCGUGUAACAAAUUUGGAGGAGGUUCUCCGCUGUGAAGCUUACAUUCUGUUUUACGAGAAAGUGAAGCCUUGAUGAAGGUACUUCUUUUUUGGUUAAAAAAUUUGUGUUCCAUUUCUUUCGCUUAGGGAGAUGAGGAAAUUUAAUUUAAAGAGAAGACAGAAAUGGUGGAUGAAAGAGAAUGAGAUUGAGAAUCAAGAUGCCCAUUUUUGGAUUUGGUAUGUGUUGGUUGGAGAUGGGGAUGGGGAUUGGGAUUGGGAUUGGGAUUGGGAUGGGGACUCAUCACUUUGAAGUUGAUUGAUUAGUUGAUCGCUGAAUAUAAGUUAAUUGUAUUACAUAUUUUACGAAAUUGAAUAUUACAGACAAAUACAAAAUCGUAUUUAUUUAUUGAUAUUGAUCAAAUACGAGCCAAGUGAAUUUUAGUUAGUCACAAGGCUCACAACUUUUGUGGAUGAAUUUAUUCGAUGUAAGAGCCAGUUUUGUUGAUUUUCAGAUUCCAGAUUCCAGA